AUGAAUCGUCCAGCUAUUAAAGGUGACUCGUCCAUCGCCGAGGAUAUGCACAGUCCAACGGCAAAUGAGCAGAAUGUCGGCAGUAGCAUACAGACAGGCGAAGGCACAGUCUCGAUUGCACUUGAGUACCUAGGAAGUGAAGGCCUUGUGGCUAACUAA